AAGAAGUGGUGAGAAAGGUUCUUAGAAGCUUGCCUAAGAGUUGAGAAGCCAAGAAGAUGGCAAUUGAAGAAUCUAAGGAUCUCAACACUCUCAAGCUUGAAGAUCACAUUGGUAAAUUGAUGACAUAUGAGAUAAAAGUUCAAGGUUAUGGUGGAGUUGAAAUAAUUGAGAAGAAGAAGAAGGAUGUUGCAUUCAAGGCUAGCAACCAAAAGGAAAAGAGUGAAGAUGAUGCUAGUGAUGUGCAACAAGAUGGGCACUAUAGAAAUGAAUGCCCCAAAUUGAAGAAAGGUGAGAAGAAAGACAAGAAGAGCAUGAAGAAGAAAGCAUUUGCCGCCACUUGGAACGAUGAUGAAACUAGCUCAACGGAAAGUGAAAGCUCCUUGGAGAAAGGUGUUGCAAAUCUUUGCGUCAUGGCUCAAGAGGAUAGCAACAAUGAUGAGGAGGACAAACAUGAAGAACUGCAACAAACACAUGAGCUAAGAGAACCAACUUUCCCAAGAGAAAGAUCCUAUGUCAAAGGUAAUGAAAUUCUUGGGGAUCCAUCAAAAGGGGUAAUUACUAAAUCUCAUGCUCAUAAUACCUGUGCUUUCAUUGCCUUUAUAUCUCAAAUUGAACCAAAUAAUCUUGAUGAUAGUUUAAAUGAUCCUAAUUGGAUGAUGGCUAUGCAAGAAGAAUUAGCUCAAUUUGAAAGAAAUAAGGUUUGGAAUCUUGUUUCUAGACCUAAAGACCAUCCCAUCAUAGGAACUAAAUGGGUUUUUAGAAAUAAGUUAGAUGAGAAUGGAAUUGUGGUUAGAAACAAGGCAAGACUAGUUGCUAAAGGCUAUUGCCAAGAGGAAGGAAAUGAUUUUGAUGAGACUUUUGCCCCGGUAGCUAGACUUGAAGCAAUUAGAAUGUUAUUGGCUGUUGCAUGCUUUAAAGGUUUUACACUUUAUCAAAUGGAUGUUAAAAGUGCUUUUCUAAAUGGUUAUAUUCAAGAAGAGGUUUAUGUUGAGCAACCUCUCAGUUUUGAAGAUCCAUCUUCUCCAAACCAUGUUUAUAAACUUUCAAAGGCUUUGUAUGGCUUAAAACAAGCUCCUCGAGCUUGGUAUGAAAGACUAAGUAGUUUUUUGCUUGAAAAUGGUUUUUCUAGAGGAAGAGUUGAUACCACCUUGUUUGUGAAAAACAAAGGCCAAGAUAUACUAAUUGUCGAAAUCUAUGUUGAUGAUAUUGUGUUUGGUGCUACUGAUGAUUUUCUUUGUCAAGAGUUUUCCAAAGCUAUGCAAGGUGAAUUUGAAAUGAGCAUGAUGGGUGAGCUCAACUUCUUCUUGGGACUUCAAAUCAAACAAUCCAAAGAAGGCAUCUGCAUUAACCAAAGCAAGUAUACAAAGGAAAUGCUUAAGAAGUUUGGCAUGGAGACUUGUAAGCCAAUAGCUACUCCUAUGAGCACUUUAAUUAAUCUAGACAAGGAUGAAGGAGGUAAGCCUAUUGAUCCCAAACUUUAUAGAAGCAUGAUUGGUUCUUUGCUUUAUUUAACCGCAAGUAGACCAGAUAUAAUGUUUAGUGUUUGUUUGUGUGCUAGAUUUCAAGCUUGUUCUAAGGAGUCACACUUAAUUGUGGUUAAAAGAAUCUUUAGUGUGGCUGUUGGGAUUUCUCUCUCAUGGCUUCAAGAAGGGUUGGAAGUAAAAGGAAACAAAUGGGUAGUUCUAGCACCAGUGGUCAACCUCAAGAAGAAGAGGAAGGGUUCUAAAUCUUAUGUUCUUGCCAGUGAUCUUCCCUGGUUCGACUAUCUUUUUAACGGAAAAAGGGUGAACCUAAGAAGAUACAUUUUUUGGAGCAUAAUCAAGCCUUACUCACCAACUACGGGACUUCCUCGUGGUGCUGUAAUUACCAAAUUGGCGAAGAGGAACAAUAUUGAUCUUACUUCCUUUAGGUUCGGAACAGUUCCUGGUGGGACUACACUUACCAAAGCUUCUUUUAAAAAACUGGACUGUUUGUUUAGAAAUGGCAUUUGGAUAAAGAAAGGGGAACAAGAAGGGCAUGAAGAAGAAGGCGAUACAGAUCAAGAAAUGGCAGAACAAGGGGCAGAAGAACAUGAAGAUGACAGCCCAAGACCAUUUCGAGUCUCCAUGCAAAGAAUUAACCGUGAAACCAUGGAGUUAAUGAUAUUUGAGAUGCAGCAGCUACACACCGACUUUUAUGGUUUCUGGACAGAAAUGGGAGGGAGAAUGACUAACAUGGAAGGAAAGCUUGAUCAGCUUGUUAACCAUUUUUUUCCUCCACCCCCACCUGAUGCCACCUGACUUGAUAUUUCUUUAGUUUGGCUAAUCUUUAGGAUGGACAUCUUAGGGUUAUGCAUUUUAUGUUUUAUUUGACUAUGGAUAUGUCUUAAACCUUUUUAUCUUGUUUUAUGAAUGGAAAUGGCAUCACUUGUGUUAUCAUGCUUUGUGAAUAGUUGUUUAUGAUUUUGAUGAUACUAUGCUCUUAUUAAGGGGGAGUUUAUUGGUUGAUGAUUGUAUUCAUGACUUUAGUUGUCUAUGGUGCUAUAUUGAUGAUGAUUGAUGAUUAUAUUCAUUACAUAUUCUUGAUGCUUUAAAGUGAGUGAUCUUGGGGGUGUUUUGAUUCCUUCAAGAGUGAUCUAUUGAGAGGAUUUGUGGGGUUUACAUUAUAAAGGGGUGAGGUUUGAGAGAAAUACUCAUCUUAUUGUAAAAGGAUUGAGUGGCUCCUUUAAGCCACCCUUGUCUUUCUUAGUGAAGAGUGUGGAGGAAAUCCUUGGUGAGUGAAGCCAAGGUAGAGGACUAGGCUCCAAGUGGUUGGACCGAACCUCUAUAAAUUCAUUGUGCAAGC